GCCCAGCUGGCAAUUGAUGUCCACAGAAACUCACUGCGUUCUUCUUGGACAGGUUCCCUGUCCAGCUGCAAUUCUGUUUCAUUGCGUCGAUUAGCGCUUUCACAUCUUCAACAAGCGGAGCGACAGUCGUCUACUUCUUAUAGCUAUGAAGCCUUGGCAGUAUGUCGCCACCUUCAAACUCGACUUGCUGUUGAUUUAGCAGACCUCCGAAAACGAAACCAACAACAUUCGCAAUUCAUUUCAAGGCCUGAUUUGCCUACACUAGAUCACAUAGAUUCAUUGCCUCUAAGUGUCGAUUCCAAUCUCGUUAUAUUACUUCGUCAACUUUGCUCUAAGCGCCAUAAUGUCCAAAAUCGGGGGGUUCAUGUUUUUGGUGAUUCUGAUGCCCUUGCUUUUGCCUCUUCUCAACGACUUUCCGACUGGUCCAAUAAUGCUCGUCCUGAUCCGUCGGUUCGCUUCGAAGCCACUGUUAAAGCUCUCUGUCUACAUUCGACGGAUCGUCGUUUUGUCUAUCGUGCCUUUAUCGAUGCCUUCCAGGCCCAGCUCAGUGUUAGGCUGACUACCGAGCUGAGCCGGGCUACCACUCAGGAUGAUCCUGAUUCCGCAGCUUCUGAUACCAAAUCUCUACCCUCUAUUCAGUUCUCCGCUGUCACUAACCCCAGUGGUCUAGCGGGUAUUCAUGUCAGAAAGCAGCGUAAGUUGAAUGCUAAUUGA